AUGCCUUCGCUUAGUUUGAACCUGACGGCCGUGCACACCAUGGCUGAGGUGGGGACUUUGUUCGGAGCGCUCGACUUGGAUUUACAAAGUUUUCCUGCCUUCGGGAACGCGCCUCUGCAGCCGGAGUCGCCGCUGGGCUUGAACGAGCGCUUGGGGCAGAUCGAAGGGGGGCUGCAGCGGGGCUCGCCCACCGACUUUGGACACCUUAAAGGCAUCCUUAGAAGGCGGCAGCUGUACUGCAGGACCGGAUUUCAACUGGAGAUAUUUCCAAAUGGGACGGUUCACGGGACCAGGCAGGAUCACAGCAGAUUUGGGAUCCUGGAGUUCAUCAGUCUGGCAGUCGGUCUGGUCAGCAUCAGAGGCGUGGACGCCGGACUCUACCUCGGCAUGAACGAGAAAGGAGAGCUCUAUGGGUCGAGAAAGCUGACGGCUGAGUGCGUUUUCCGGGAGCAGUUUGAGGAAAACUGGUACAACACGUACGCGUCCACACUGUACAAGCACAACGACACGGCGCGCUUCUACUACGUGGCCUUGAACAAAGAUGGCUCGCCCAGGGAGGGCAGCAGGACUAAAAAGCACCAAAAACUCACACACUUCUUACCACGACCUGUGGAGAUCGAGAAGAUCCCUCAGGCCUACCGGGACCUCUUCCAGUACAGGUGA